UGAACGUGCGCGCGUGCAGGGAUCUGAGCUCAUCACCGUGCUUGCUAUCUACCUGCGAUAGCAGAGACCAUCACCACACAUACGGGGAGGGCAGCACGACGUGAAUCUGUGUGAAUGAUUAUGUUAGGCGCUAUAUAACACAACUGUGCGCUUCCAACUACGGACUGAUUUGAGUUGGCUAUCGCUCUAUUCAUCAACGUGUAUUGUGAGUGCGGCUACUGCCACUGCCGCGUAGGACACGGUGUUCUCCAGGACGGAACUCUCCGAUUCAUUGCUUGGAGGUUUGUUUGAGGAAGGGACACCUGAGCCAUGUAGGAGAAAUACCAACCGCGGUCGAGACUAAGUUCGCAUUGCAAGGCGAAGGGAACAACACAAAGUAUGACAUGACAGUCAAUACUGCUGGUGAUACAUUACGGCCAAACGGCUCCCUUGUUUAAUCAUAAGGCACCAGGGAUCGAUCAGUCAGCUGGAAUGAACCGUCCUACAUUUUGUCCAAAGUGCGAUUUUUUGGUGAUAAUUUUGUUGUUAACAUCCAACUGGCAAUCGCAGGAAAAAGGAUAAAAAGUUUGGUUUUAUUCGAGCAAGAGGAAGAGCGAUCCACAAGAGAUUCGCCCUCGAUGAAAUUUCUCUGCGGUGUGCAGCUGAUGCUGGAGCACCGGUAGAUCGUGGUACACCGCACUCGAAGUGAUACCUAAGUAUAUGAACCGUCAAUGCUCACCAUGGCUUUUCAGAAGCUGGAGCCGAUUGCAUUCAUCAAGGCAGUUAUCGUAUGUUCUGCGUUCCUUUACCUCUCUCCCUGUCUGCAAGCUUACAACUACACAGAGCCGCCGACCACGCCCAAGGGGCAGACGACACCGACCCAAGCUACCAAGGGCGAGGGACUCGGCAAUCAGUACCCUACCGAGGACAGUCCUGGCUACGGGAAGCUUGGAACCGAGAAAGCAACUGUGGACGUAAAAGAGCCAGUGCAUGCAGGGCCUCGGAAGCUGGUGGAGCCCUCCAGCCAACCUUACGAUAUCGUCUCCAAGUUCCUAGCCUACCUGGCCUACAUUGAGGAGAACCGAAACGAUUGCGAGGCGGGCACCUGGGCAGUGGUGCUGGACAAAGGGGCCACAAGCUACGGCCCUAGUAGGUACAUGCGACAGGCUAUGAAGACCGUCGAAACGGCUAAUUUCUUUACCAGGAUCUGGAGAAGCAAGGCGCUUUCAGGAGUGCAACACAACGAGGAAUUCUUCUUCAACGUGGUGGCCUCCAACGUGGAGAAUGACGACGACAUCUUUGCCUUUGGGAAUUGUUACGAUGCCUACGAGUUCUUGGAUUAUAGUAUCUUCUGUCCGUACGCCUACCGGUUACCUGACGGGGGCAUCCGGGUCAAGGAUCUCUCGUUGGCCUAUCCCUACCUUACUAACGAAUCGGAGUGGUUUUACGAGGCUCGCAUGAACGUCGAGAGGUUGCUCGAUCAGAAGAGGGUCGUCAUGAACACUAUGUUUACCCACCGAAAUAAUGAUACAACCGAAAAACCCCCGGAGUAUGGAGACGUAUUGUUGGUAACUUACGAGGACGGACAUUGGAGCGCUCCAUAUUACGACUGCGGAGGGGGGAAUAUCUGGAUGAUCACUUACACUGUGCCCUUUCUUGGAUCCUACGAAAACGGCAGCUAUUAUUUCAAGGGAACAAGUGGUCUGGAUAUUGAUCUACGAGCAAUAGAUAUCAAUCAGUGUCCAGAAAAUCCAAACGAAGAGAAAUCGCCAACUAAAGAGAAGAAUAUCUUCGCUGGAUCGGACAAAUGUCACAACGAAUCGCAAGUGUGCGUGUUCACACCUGACAAGGGUUUCCGGCGAGGAUCGUACCGCUGCGUGUGCCGUAAAGGAUUCUACUACCCGUCACCUACCGAUCCCGAGGAGAACUACUACCAAGGCGUGGAGAUUGAGGCUGAAUAUGACCACCUACUGGCAGACAAAACCAGCAGAUAUUACGAGAUGGUUUGUAAGCCGUGCGGACCCGGUUGUGACGAAUGUGUGGACGGGCGAUCCUGCCUGUACGCCCAUAACUGGACAGUCCGGACUGUGUUGCUGAUAAUACAGUGCAUUACUAUAGCCGGCAUGUUCCCGCUCUUCAUAUUCACCAUAUAUCACCGAGAGGUCAAGGUGGUGAAGGCAGCCAGCCCCGUCCUACUGCGCAUUAUCUUGCUCGGUGCCCUCUUCCUUUACUGUCCGGUACUUGUCAGUUAUAACGAGCCGACUGUAGCGACGUGUAUGCUUCUCCAGUGGUUCAAGGAGGUGGGAUUUUCAAUAUUGUUCGGGGCACUCCUUUUGAAGACUUGGAGGAUAUCGGUUGUCUUCAGGGUCCGGUCUGCGGCGAGAGUUCGCAUAACAGACGUAGACCUCAUCAAACGACUCGGCCUUAUAGUCAUCAUCUCGAUAUUCUACCUGAUUGUCCGGUCUGUCAUAGCCCUCCCUAAGGUUGAGACGGGCAUCUCUUUGUCCAACCUGAAGGCGGAGCAGUGCUCGUAUGACUGGUGGGACUAUGCAGCGAAUAUCGCUGAACUGGUGCUCUUGCUGUGGGGAGUGAGGCUAUGCUAUGUCGUUCGGAAGGCGCCCUCUGAGUUCAACGAGAGCAGAUUUAUCAGCUGGGCUAUCUACAACGAGACGAUGCUGUCAUUGUUCUUGUGUGUGGCCACUUUCUUCCUCCAAGAUCUAGCCAAUCCGGAUCUUCUAUAUAUUAUUUGGUUUUUGUACGGGCAACUCACAACCACGGUAGUUUUAGCACUUCUAUUUGGUAGCAAGAUUUAUCUGGUGAUCCAGGGUAAAGGGGACAAAACAGAGAGCCGCAUAAAGACGGCCACUACGGCCUUCAGACAGCGCACCUGGGAUAACUCGCUGUCCUCCCAGGGGCUGAUGGCCAAAACGUCGUCAUCGGAGAUGGAGAGGCCACUCAACCAAAGAGACAUAGAGGAUGAAUUGAAGAGGCUGUACACACAACUGGAACAGCUAAAGACCAGGAACAUGGUAGUGGGCAACCCGCACCUUACCCGUAAACUGACCGAAAUGGCCGAAGUUGCCAGGGAAACAGAACAGAUGUUGAUGGACUCGGAUGUUCCUAACGUUAACGGCGUGCACGAGAUUUCCUACUCUUGCAACAAUAACGGAAGGACAAGCAAAUCAGAGGCCGAUUGGAUUUAAAUAGUGUAGUUGGAGUGAACUUUGAGAGGUGGUGCUCUUUUACUGUCGCAGAUUUGACUAUGGAGUGCUCCCGAUCCAUUUAACUACACAAUGGAUAACAUUAGACGUUUGUCAAAUGCCAGUCGCCACGGCUGAUUUUUUUUUUUUACUAAAUUGAAGACUGACAAAACUGGCAGUUAAUCUACACCAGUGACUCCUAAAAGUUGCCAGAUCAUCAAUUUCUUUUGCCUUGAAUCAAUAAAGUGUCCAAUUCCUCUUCUCAACUUUUGAAGGCAUCGGCAUGUUGCUUCGAAUGAUCCAGUCCAGUAAGCUACCUGUGUUUAGAGUUUCAGAAUUUCGAGUGCCAAUUCAGAUAAAUGCGAAUAUCAUCUGUGCCGGUUGAUCGAACCUGCAAAGGCGGUGAAUUAGACGCCACUUGUAUGCAUUGUAUUUAUACAAUUCACAAUAGGGUGCAAGAGUUUGCAACGCGUUGACCAAUCUCAAUGCGCGAAAUCUGUCGACCUAAUGCGCGUUUGGAAAAGGUCGACGGAUUUGGCUCAUUGUGAUAGGUCAACGCGUGGCACACUCUUGGAGGCGCACUAUUGUGAAACGCCUGUGUUAGUCCACUUUUUUAUUUUAAGCGAGGCUGGAUGAUUUGUGAGUACCAAAGCAAGUAUUGCAUGGACUGAAUGAUUUCGAUUCAUAAAACGCAACAAUUACUACAAAAACCGAAAAAACGCUAUUGGAAUUGAAAUAACCUGUGGCAAGUGAGACCAUAAUGUUUCAUCAUUUCUUAUUUUUCAAAAUGUCAGUGUGUCACUUAUACUUUGUCACAUGCCGCGAAGGGAAGUUCUUUUUCAGAAUGUCUGCCAAUUAGAUGUACCAAGUUUGAGAGAAGUAUAUCAUUUUUUUCAAUAUCAUUACCAGGAAUAGAGGGCACUUAAAUAGCCUAUCGAAGGAUAAUGAUACUUUAUGCAAAUACAUAUAAGUUUAAACGGGGCAAAUAAUGCUUUAAAAAUGUACAAGAGGUAUAUCGGUAGUAAAGUAUUUGGUGUUUUUUGUAAUUCCUUUUUCACCUUUUAUUAUUUUUCUCCCUAAGAGGCUGCAACUGUAUUUUUGUAAAAGAGCUGUGCAUGUAAUGUCCUAAUCUACAGAGUAUAUACUUGAAACCAUAAGACAUACGUACGACUAUAUGUACCAGUAUUAAGGUUUUCGGUGUCUUUCGAAUACACGAAGAAUUUAAGGGAUAAUUUUUUAUAAGGUAAAGGGGGGGGGUUCUUGGAUUGCUAAAUGUUAGUAAACAAUAUGAAAUUGCUUACCCCUUUCGGACAUAGGAAUCUUGUCAUUAGAACAGCCAUUUACAGAGGAUGUAACUAAGCGAGAUAUCACGGUACGCUAUCGUUAAUUAGUCGAAAAUGACCGUUACCUACAGUGUAACCUAUCUGGGUGCGUGGUAGACGGAUUGGUCUUCGCCUUGUGCUUUCAAAUUGAAAUAGUACAACCUUUUCUCCUUUGGUUGAAACUAACAGUUACGGCGAGGAAGAAAUUCUCGCUUUUCCACAGAAAUUGUAACUCUUAAGUCAACCAUUUAUUUUCUUGUCUUCCUUAGAGUGAAGCAUGGCUUCUAACUCAUUUUGAGAGGUAAUAAUAAAACCUUACCAACCCUAUGGCAUGUCUUGGAGUAGGCCUACCGCCCUCUAUCUGAUUUCUGGAAAUAUCAUUGAGAGCAACUGCUAAAUCCAUUUAAAAGCCCGAAACAAAGUGUUCAGAAUACUAAUCCAGGUACUAUUUAGCUGGUGUCUGUUACCAGUGUCAUGCAGAAAUCAACACGAAUUUACGUUCAAAAUUUGGUAACAUUUUACAAUAAACAACGUAAUUCAGUGAAUUAGUGAUUUUUCUUGUAAAACGAUUGAAAAAUACAUUAACAUGAAAACUUAAUUUUACUCUUAUAAAACAUCCUCAAAGGUACAACUUUGACAAAAAGCUGUUUAACAAGAUUUUGUUUCAUGUUCAUUUCAGAAAGAAAAUAUUUUUAAAACAGUCUGCCCUAAAACCCUUGCAAAACAGCUGCACCCUCGCAAAUUUUGCGAUCUGCUCCAUGAAUAUUUGUCUGAAAACAAUAUUCUGAUUUCGUCAAUAUCAUGUUUUCAUUCUAUUGAGGCUUUAAAUCCUACCCAAUAAAAUUGUUUUUUUUUUCACACGCACGUUAUAUACGUCUUAGUAAUGUUAUAUCCCCAUUUCUUUCAUCAUCUUCGCAGUCAGUACAGGCUUCAAAUUAUACCAAAAGAAGAGUAACUUUUGUGACGGUAAUGUUAUAUACGCUGGGAUCUGCGUGCCAGAAAUGCAGCAGAGAAUAUGUUUGGCUUUCGCACAUUUUAAUGGGUAUUAAUAGGAUAUGAGAGGACAAAACCGCCAAAGUUACCCCCAGCUCACAGUACCACUGACUGUAUGUGCCAUAAGGAGUCGCUUGUUUAGAAAGGUCAAUUGUUCAAAAAUUAGGUGCUGUGGUACUUCCUAUCCAAGUGAGUUUUGAUUUGAAAGUAAUAAAAUAUGACAGCCUCAGUCUAA